UUUUAUCGCAAUCGCAGAGUGUGUGCUUUUGUCCACGCAGGUUUGUAUACUCAUUUAAUGAGUAUCACAUGGCGUCUCAUUCUGCAAGCACGGGGUGUGGUCAAAGGAAAUGGACGAGCGGUUUAUCAGAAGGGUAUAAUAACUAUUUAUCCAGCCUAAAGUCCGAAGAUUUAUCGCUUUUCAGUAAAUUUGCAAACAUCACCCGAAGAGGAAAGAACAAUUUUUCCAAGAAUAAACAUUCGUCAAUAUUUUUGUAAUUAAGCCUGGGAAGCUGUGCUAUAUUCAUUCAUUUCAUGUUGGGCCAGAAGUGUUAGUUUUCUAUCAGUUUUAAAUGAAAAUUGUUUGUUUCCAAAUUUGAUUAAAAAUUUGCUGAGAUAUUCUUCAAAAUAUUGUUAUUUCACAGAAGUGGCGUCAAAGAUGGUUUGUCUUGCGUCAUUCAGGUCUUCUUCCUGGACAAUUUAUUCUUGAAUAUUUUACCGAUAACACUUGUAAAAAACUGAAGGGUAGAAUCGACUUAGACCAAUGUGACCAAGUUGAUGCUGGUAUCUCAUUCGACAGCAAAAGAACGAGCUAUCAACAUAUGUUUGAUCUUAGGACACCUAAAAGAACAUAUUAUCUGGUCGCUGAAACUGAAGCAGAGAUGAAUAAAUGGGUGGAGUGCAUAUGCUCUGUUUGUGAAUUGAAAAUCCACAUGGAAGAAGAUUUUCUUGUGCCUCAAGAUUCAAGUACUUCAUCAAACAACAACAAUGUAACAACUCAACCCGUUUCAUCCAACUCUUACCAUUCUAAAAACUCUUCUAAUCCUUAUAUUCCAAUAAGUGAAUGCCAUACUGGAAAACCUAUACUGAAUGGUUUAACAAAUGACUUAUCUGUUCAAGGAAACCCUAGUUCUUCUGUUAAUAAUUUUGGAUGUUCUGAUUUACCUAAAGAUCCACCACCACCACCUCCAAAAAUAGACUUGUCCUUAAUAGCAGAUGAAUUUUAUGAUCAUCCCAAACCCUUGGGAACUGGCAGUAACAACCUCAAUACAUCCACAUCUGACAUUGAUGUAGACGAUACUUACAAAGUUCCUGUUCAGUCAAAAUCUGAUUUAACACACAUUUACAACAAUGAUGUAUUUAAUACUUUGCCUCCUAAGGUGAAUUGGAAUACUUAUCCUGAAGGAUCUUGCCCUCCUGCCAGUAGUACAGUACCCAGAAGAAAAUCAAGUACUAAGGAAGAAGUGAAUGUAUACGAUGUUGUUCCUUCUUUUCAUGGUUCUAUUAAAGAUAUUAAGCCCCAACCUAGAAAGGUUCAAACUUUAGCGAGCCAUUUUGAAAAUCUAAAUUUGCAGUCUUCUGUUGAAGAGGCUUCAAAUGAAAAUGACUCAAUUUAUGUGAAUCAAGCGAGUAGUGUACCUCCGAGGCCUCCCAAACCUUCCAAACUGAGAGAGAGGCACAGGUAUGAGAAUUUUGAACUUCCAUUUCAAGCACAAAAAGAGGACAAACAUAUUUAUGAUGUUCCACCCUCUACCAAGAGCUCAAAUGCUGAAGCCCCUCUUCCUAAAAAUGACAACAGUGAAAAUCCUUCAGCGGAUUCUUCAACAGUUAAAGAAUCCACUAUGGAUGAUACAUAUGACUUCCCCAAGUUUCGUACUGAAGAGGAUAUCAAUAUUCCUGUACCCCUCUCGCAAAAUACUGGCACGUCACAAAGGACUAGACGCCAUGCCUAUACUAAUGCUCCACCUGGCCUUUUCAAUAGUAAAGAUUUGAUAUUUAACUACGAAUACAGGCCAAGUUUGAUGACUACUGAUGGUUAUUUAAGUGGUGAUGCAAUGAAAAAUGUGCAGUCAAGUAGUGAUGCUGCCACCCCACCUAGCCCAUCAGCAAUAGGUGCUUAUGCUAAUGUACCUACUAGUCCAACACUCUCCUCUAACUUUCUCAGUGAAUUGCCUCCUGCCGUUAACAGAGAAUUGAAGCCAAAGCGUAACAUCAAUAAUGAGGAUAAAGGAUCAUUCAGCUUUUUAACUCUGCAGCCACCCCCUGUAUGUCGAUCCAGAACAAAAGCAGAUAAAAGAAGUUUUAGAAAAACAAGAGCUGCGCCUAGUCCUACUCCUGUCUCCUUAAAUGGCAUGCCACCCGUACCCAAUAGAUUUCGACAUCAGCCUGAAAUGUCAGCAACAUCCGAUGAUGAAGUUUCCAAUUCAAGUGGCAGUCGCAGAAAUUCUUCAAAUGAUGAUCAAGUAAGGCAUUUUUUCUCUGCUCCCACUAAGAAGGACGAAAUACAGUAUUUGGAUCUUGAUCUAGAUUCUGAACCAUCGCCCAGCCCUAAAACUCCCGAGAGACUGUCCGCCUCCACCGUUUACAAGAAGGUUGAUUUUGUGAAAACUAAAGCUUUUAAUGAAAUGCGCCAGAAUGUUGAAGAAUCUUACAGGAAAUCUCAAUGACAUCCUGUUUAAUUUUAUUUUUAUUGUGUUAAGGUGGACAUACAGCCAUAAUAUAAAAAACUAUUAUAUUUAUUUGAAUAUACCUAGUCUUAUAAUUAUUGUAAAUUUUGUCACACCAAGGUUUUGUUGCUUGACAUUUGAUGUUUAAUUUUAAUGCAUUUUGGUAAUGACUUGAAUUAUAGUGCCUUUUGCAGGUUUUUAUAUAAGUUUUCAUUAUAAAAUAUAAAAAAGCUUUUAUUUGCUUCUCAUUAAAGUUAGUGCCUCUUCCAGCAUUUAAGUUUUGAAAGAUUUCAAAAUUAUGUUAUAAUGUUAGAUAAUUUUUGUUUCGUUAUGAUUUUUAUAUUUAUUAUAUGAGAUUUUAUAUCUCUUUCCCACUUAAUUACUUAUGUAGUCCUUUUUUUUAAAAAAAAAAUAAUGAAAGUUAUUGUGGAUUUGUAAAAUAUUAUGUUUGCAUUAAGUCUUUAAAAUUGAUUCAUACUAUUUUUCUGGUAUGUUGGUCUUAUACAAAAAGUUUAGAGAAAUUAAGUGCAUUUUAAUUGGUUUCUUGAGAGAAAAGUACGGUCUGUGAUAAAAAGUAUGAUUUGUUUCAUAAUAUACGGUCUUUAAAUUUUACAUAUUUAAUCAAUUCAUCGAUAAUUUCUAUUAUGUAUAGUUUUCUUUGACUUAUACUUUAAUACAAAAAUUUAUGCUUAUCUAUCAAUUUAUAUGUAACAGUUUAGCUUUAAUAAUUUAAAUUUGAAUAGAAUAAUUUAUUUUUUUAAAUUUUAAUGAUCACAAAUUAUUUUUUAUAAUCUGUGGUUUAGUCUAAGGCCUGUUAUUUGAUGUAUCAACAUCAAAUUCAAAAGAGUAAACUGAUUCCUGAAUUGGUACAAUGAAAUCUUAUAUCGAGCUACAAAAUAUCCACAACUGAUUGAAACUUUUUUACUGCAAAAUCCCCGAGAAAGCACUAAAAGUUUUAAUAUUUAAGAAUGUAUAUUGCAUUGUUCUGGCUACAACAUUAAGCAUUCAAACCUCCUUUAAUGACUACCUCUAAACAACGGCAACAUCCAAAGAACUGCUUUAUGUUUAUAGAAUUAAAUGUCUACUAUUGGAUUAACAUUAGGGUGAACCUCUGAACAACGAUUUCCAAACAACGAUCACCUAUUGUUAGUAUGAAUUUUUGAUCUUUUUUUUUCUUCACUAUUUCAUCUUCAGCCUGCAAUAAUUUUAAUUGAUCACUACUAAAUCUAUUUUUCCUUAACCAACAUCACAUUCCAGUUAUUGAAAAAUAUCAAUUUUUAAUCUUACAUGUGGAAGUCAAUCAUAGGUAUAAAAUUAAAUUUCAAUUCUAUCUUCUACAUCUAACCUUUCAUGUGUGGAUUGCUUAAAUUAACUAAAUCUUGUUCCAGCCUAGCAUUUACAUUGGACUUACAAUUCCUGAUGCAUCAUCAGUCAGCAUUCAAUUCAGACUUAACACUGAAUUCUCUUUAAAACAUCAGACUAAAAAUUUGAAAAAAGACUUUAGUUAAUGCAUAAGCGAAAUAUGAGUGGUUAUCGCAAAUGAAAAUCCCUUGCAUUGAAGAAUAAAAUCAAAGAUGAUGAAACAGUAAUGAGCGCAUGAAAAUUAGUUAGGAUAGAAUGAUGAUAUUUUUUUAAGAAGAGAUAAAAGGUUGUUUUAAAUUAGGAAAAUGGUGAGCAUGUUAAAAGAUAUUACAAUUCUUUACAUGUGUUUUGUAUCUGAAUUGAAAAAAAAAAAGUGAAAUUGUGAACAAAAACGAUUUUACAAUUUAAAAAAAAUAAUAAAGGGACCUGUCAAAGACGAUUCAACUUAUGAGUUUUUAUUUUGAUGAUACUGAGCGUGUCAACAAUUUAAUUAAAGAAUCCUUUUUUUAUCAGCCAAUUAAUGAUAUUGUGUUUCAAUUGAUCCAAUUUUGACAUCAUUUAAUAGAUUAUUAUAAUCAGGAUUUUACAAUAUUUUCUAAAAGUUAGUAUUUGGUAAUGAAUUUAGUAGAAAGAUUAUUUAUAUUUUGGAAAUUUGUAACCAAUAUAAUUUUGUUCAAAAUAUCUGAUGCUCUUUUAAAGUGAUUUAUAUCAAUUUGACUAUGUAGCUAUUUGACUAUAUUUGAUUUCUCAACUUUUAAUUUUUUUCCCAAUAUUAAAAUUUUUGACCUUGCAUUUUAUCCUUAAGCAUUUAAUUACUAGUUGGGGUGUUUCCAAUUGUCUUCUUAUUGGCCUAUUUGUGAAUAGUUUAUCAAAUUUUUAAUUGAAGAAUAGUUUACAUAUUUAUGGUGGGUUAAUUCUGGGUUUUAGAAUGUAAGUUGGAAUAUAGAGAGCAUAGUUAAAAUCAAGCUUACAUUUAUACCCAUACCAUCUCAAAUACUAAAAGUAUUUAAGUAUUGCAAUUGAUAUUCACUUUCACACUAUAUGCUGCUUGCUUUUGUUCUUAAUCUGGCUUUAAGAUAGUAUAAAUUAUUUCAAGGGGAAAAAUUAGUGUCAUUGUUAUUUUUUGAAUGAAUAGAUUAUAAUCACAAAGUAUAUAACAAUGCAUCUUUGUGUUUAUAAAAACCAUGUGAAAAUCAUGCAAAUUAAAACAGAUAUUUAGUGCUUUGAGUGCAAGUCUAGCCAUAUUUUUUUAAAGUUAAUAUUAUUUAUCUGUUUUUCAGGCCUUUGGCUAUCUCUUCUGUAUUGAAGUAUGUGUUUUUCCCUAAUUAACUAAACAUGAAGUGUAUUUUGAAAAUUUGCUAUAGGGCACUAUUUUGUCUUUAAUUUUUCUUCAAUAUUCUUGUAAUUUUCACAAAUCCUGCAUAGUAAAAUAAGUGAGAAAUUGUUUAUUGGAUAACUUGUAAAAACUUGUUGAUUCACAUAUUAGGAAUAUAUUAAAUGCAUGGUCAACUGAAAGAUUUGAAAUUGUACAGUUGGCCAGUUGGCUCUAAUAAAUGGAUGAAAAACUAUUUUUAUGAUCAGUAGAAAUUUAAAAUUGCUGUAAUCAAAAGAUACAAGACCCUGUCUAAUAUACAAGAAAGCAUUCUAUUUUUCUGUGUUCAAAUGUUUCUGACAUUCUUUUAUUGUCUUAUUUUUAAGAUUGGCAAUAUAUUACUAUUGACUAUAUUUAAACUAUUGACGAUUUAUGAAUUAUUGCUUUACAAUAUUUAUACUAUAUAUGUAUAUUUUAUUUUUGGAUUGACCUUUUAAAAAAAUUAUUGUGUUGCACAUUGUGUUAUUAAGCAAAAUUUAAAUAUUGUACAGAACUGAUCUAUAUUAUACAAGCUUAAAUGUUUCCUUUUUCAAACAAAUAAAUUUUCGAUUUUGUAAUUUUAUUCAAAAGUAAAUAAUGUUUGCAAUCGUGGAUUCUUAUAAUACUUGAAAUGUCAUUGCAAACAUGUUUUGUGUUCAUUUUAUUUCUGCAUUGAAAAGCUGUCAUUUCAUUUCAAAAAACAAAGUGUUCAAUUUCUCAUAACAAUCAAGAUAUAUAUCAAGAUUGUGUUGUAAUAUUGUGGUUGCUUAUGGUGUUAAAAUAUCUUACUUACAGUACCUUCAUUUUUUCUUUCAAAAAUUGUUUAUAUUCAAUUAUUAAUUUUGAUAAUGAUUGAAGAUAUAGACAUUCUAUUUUUUCCCUUUUAAACCUGUUUUUUUCCCAGUUAUUUUUAGAUAACUUGUUAAUUUUAUAAAUUUUAAAUGAACAUUCUCUUUUAUUACAAAAGCAUUUUCUUUUCUUCUUUUUUUUUGUACUGUCUUAUCAUUUAUUUAACAGAUCAAUGAAUAUUUCCAUCAUGUUAUUUAAAUAUCAAUCCGUUUUAUAGAAACUGCUUUUAUUUAAUUUUCCUUUAUACAAAAUAUGGACUUCAUUUUAUAGUUUAUUAUACAAUAUAUAUUUUAAUAAUUUUUUUAUUCUUUACUUUAUUGUUUUGUUAUUUAUUAUUCUGUCAAAAAAACUUAUUAAGAAGCUAAGUUUUAACUAUCUUAACUUAAGUAAUUUGAACAAUUUAUCUGGAGAAAAAAAGUACCAUAUUUGUACAUUCAUUACUCCUGUGCAUUUGGCAGCAAUGUUCUGUGUAUCUAUAAGCACAAGUGUGGCACAUUCUUCAACUUAAGUACCUUCUCAUUUUGUUAGAUUUGCUUUAACUUUUAAAGUCAUUGCUUUUCAGUUAUUCUGUGUGAAACAAUUAAUCAGACUUCCAGACGUGAAAUAAUAGCUGACAUUCCGUUUUAUGACGCGUAAAACAUUUUUUUCUGGCUAGCCUUUCGCAACUCAUGACGAGGUUAAUGUAACAGUCUUAAUCUGAUUCAGGUGGCUGAAUUCUACGUUGCAGUGAGUGCCAAGCUAUGACAUAUGCUUAAUUCCUAUGUUUAAAUGCCAGGAAAGUAAUUUAAGAUGUGGAAAUUUUUCUGCAAUGAAACGCAAAUGAAAUAAAUAUUUUGUCAUGUCCGAAUGGUACUUAAUCUCUGGUUGGGCUUUUGUUUAAUGACUGUUUUUUGUCGAGAACGUAAUUAUUUUUUGACCCAUAUCAAAUAUGUGACUUUUUUUUUAAUGUUUUAUUUAUAAUAAUUCAUUAAAUCUUUUUUGUACUGUUAUAAAAUAUGUCUCCCUACUAUUUUCCUUUCAAAGCUACAUUUUUUUUUAAAAAAAAUUCUGAACAGUUUCUGAACUUUGCUGGUUCCUAUGCAAAACUAUUGUGAGGUCUUAAAUAUUUUCUUUCUGCAGUAUCCCAAGGAUUUCACUUAAGAGUUUGGCAUAUUAUUGAAAUAAAUGAAUUUUUUCUUUCUCAAAUUUUUUUUCUUUAAAGCAAGCAAUUUAACCUUUUUUUUUCUUUAAAUUUUAUACUAUUAUUUCAUUUACUUUAUGUUAUGUAUACAGAAUGAGUGGCUCUUUCUGUUUAAGCACCCAGUUUGAAUAGUUAUCGAAAGAUGUCGUUUAAUCUCAAUUUUUAUAAUUUUGAUUUAUUACUCUUUUUUUUGUGGGACCCUUAAAAAUAUGAAGACUACUACCUUUUUCUAUUUUAUUUGGCAAAAUAAAAGAAAAUGUUUCUUAUACUGAUAAAUAAUUUACGACACCACCAGCGUGGAAACCUAUGCAAACACUCCACGUGCCCCAAUUUUAUGACCGCUCUGUUUUCAGAAAUGUAUAGAAUAGGAAUUCUAAAUCAGUUUGUUAUAGUAUAAAUAUUUCUACUAUGAAUUUUAUUUUUCAUAAAUGGAUAGAAAUAAAUUGUAUAAGCUUAUUGAAUCAGAAAUUAUUUUUUUUUAAAAAUGACAAUUUAUUUUUGUAUCUCAAAAUCAUCACAUGAAUAUUAUGUGCUAGAAAGUGCACUUCUGCUAUACAUAAAAAAUUUUUACUUGUUGAAUUUUGAAAAUUAUUCUAUAGUUCUUUAGCUUGCUUAUUUGUUUUAAAAGCUAAGAACUUUGUUUAUGUGGCGUUUUUCGCACAGUGUACAUAUAAUGAUAUGCAUGUUAAAUAUUUAAAUGCUAGUUUUGCUACUUUGUAUUUUUAAGAACAGUAUUUCAUGUAACAUUUCUAUGUGAUUGUUUUUGUAUAGUUUUUUAUGCUCUCGAAAUUAUUUUAUAUGUAUAAUAAAAAAAUAUUGUUUAUUGCUUCUUA